AUGGCCCAGUACCGCAACAGCAUAGUCGCCUGCACCGUCAUCCUGCUCGUCGUCAACAGCCUUGCCGUGGCCGCCCGCCUGUACUCGCGGCUGCGCAUCACCAGAUCGUUCGGCGUCGACGAUGUGAUGCUGUGUUUGACUUAUGUGGGAUACAUCAUCCUAUGCGGCCUCAGCUUCACGGCCUUGCACUACGGCUACGCAGCCGAGGACAACAAACCGUACUCGACCCUGCAACCGCACUACAGUCCGGCAAAGGCGAAGCAGUUCUACUUCGCCAACCAACUGACCAUCUACAUCGACUCGGGCCUGGUCAAGCUCGCCGUGGCGCUCGUACUGAUGCGCAUCGUCAACACAAAGAGAAUGCGAUGGCUCCUCAUUGGGUCCAUGGGCGUCGUCGUUGUUUGGACCACCGUCAUGACCAUCUACUCGUCGUAUCUCUGUGCCAAGGCCGGGACAAGCAAUUACGCCGGCUCCAAGACGUGCAAUUUCGUCGGGUACUUUCGUACGAGCACCAACAUCAUCAUUGACUACUUUUACGCCCUGCUGCCUGUGUACAUCCUGUGGAACGUCAAGAUGCGGCCCAUUUUGAAGCUGAGCGUUGUGUUUCUGCUGGGCUUGGGUAUUUUCGCCAGCGCUUCCACCAUUGUCAAGCUCAUCAUAAUCAUCCGCCUGAACCACGCCAAGGGCGACGAAGUCGAACACCUACACUACCAGCUCCUCCUCUGGGCCGACGCCGAGCUGGGGCUGGCCAUCUUCGCCGCCUCGCUGGCCGCCGUGCGUCCGCUGCUGUCCAAGCUUCGCGUCCUCGGGCUGCACAAACGCAGCACGAACCGGUCCUCGUUGGUCCGCCAAGCGGCCGGCAGCAGCGAUGCGACGGGGCCGUACAAGGAGAUCCACGACACGAGUUCGGUAGCCAACGGCGGGAAGCACGGGACCAAGAGCUAUAUCCACCACCAGGUGGUGAUUGACAUUGAGAGCCACGAGAUGGGGGCCACCGAUUCGGCCAGCACGAGAGGAGGGGCCAAGGCCAGUCUGUGA